UGUGUUUAGGAAAGAUCUUACCCUGAGCGAUAUCAAGACACUGGAAAAAAGUGGAGAGUGCAGAGGAUGUGCGCCGAGCUCUGUCCCGUCUUCUGUCUCCGGAGGAGAGUGUAGGUGAGCUUCGAGCCUCUGCACUCUUGGAUCUGUAUUACUACACAGUGCAUUUCUGUUGGGACAGUGGAUUCACCAGGGAGCAGACAUCCUGUCUAUUUUCCAUCAUGAAGGAGAUACAUGGUUCUUGCGUAGAGACAUCGCUGGGAAAUGUGGACGAGUGUUUUCAGUACUUCAAGGAGCUGCUGCUGUGUCAUGCCGUCCACAGACCUCCAUUCAGCGUCGCCGUCUUCACACAGCAGCAGCUUCCACACAUAUCGGAUUAUGUUCUGAACACUUAUUUCCGCCACUUCAAGCUUUAUAAAUGUGUCUUCACACCUCAGGUUUGCUUAGACCUCACCAUCUCCUAUGAGGAAGAGUCGGAAGGCCUUGACCAAGAAGAGAAUGGAAAUGUAACUCUGACAGAACACAUAGACCAGCCGCUGAGCCAGGAAGUCCAGGACCACGUUGAGGGAGGGGCAGAGACCAGAACCAGAUCUCCAGAAGGAAGGACAGAGGGAGGAGCAGAGAUUAGAACUAGAUCUGGAAGAAGAUCAGAGACCAGGAACCCAUCUCCCGGAGGAAGGACAGAGGGAAAAUCAGAGACCAGGAACCCAUCUCCCAGAGGAAGGAAGGGGACAGAGGGAAAAUCAGAGACUAGGAACCCAUCUCCCGGAGGAAGGACUGAGGGAAGAUCAGAGACCAGGAACCCAUCUCCUGGAGGAAGGCCAGAGGGAAGAUCAGAGACCAGAACUAGAUCUGGAGGAAGGCCAAAGGGAAGAUCAGAGACCAGAACCAGAUCUCCUUGA